CAUCUUAUGAUUUCAGAUGGUCUGCAAAGCUGACUGUGUGAUCAGCAAUGUUGUGGCAAAAUGGCCUGGCUCAGUCCAUGACUCCAGAAUCUUUCGGGCCUCUGAAAUCUAUCAGUGCCUAUCACAAGGUGAAUUCUCUGGUGUGUUGCUGGGAGACAGGGGGUAUGGCUGCCAGCCUUUUCUCCUGACACCUUUCACAGACCCCCAGGAAGCACAGCAGGCCUACAACCAUGCCCAUGCCAGGACCAGGGCCAGAGUUGAAAAGACCUUUUGCCUCCUGAAGGCACGCUUUCACUGCCUUCACAAAUUAAGGGUCAGCCCUGUUAGGGCAUGUGAUAUUACUGUGGCUUGUGCUGUCCUCCACAAUGUGGCCUGCCUGAGGAAGGAGAGGGCCCCCAUAGUGCCACCAGCCAUGGACUGGGACAAUCCGGCAAUCUUCCCUGAUGACGACAGUGGUCGGCUGCUGAGGGACCAAUAUGUGUUGAAUUAUUUUAGUUAGUAUGUGUGCUUUCAAUUUUGGUUAAAUAUGUCCUGCGGUGGCAGAGGAAUUUGGUUUUUUUUGGGUUUUCGAAUUUGGCCUCUUAUGAUGUUUGUGCGGUAUACUGUGUGUAAUACAAGGCUGCAGGGAGGCUACUGCAUCCAUUCAUUUGUCUGUUCAGUUGAUGUGUAUGGAUUUGUCCUGCAUUUAUUUUAGUGUGCAGACAU